AUGACCGAAGUGAAGAGACAUCACAAAGCGACUCGGCACAUUCAUAAACCCCAUCAUUUGUGCAAAGAACCCGACGAUUUGAAAACCCAAAUGGCGUUAUGGCUACGGGAAUCGUUGAUGGAGGGUGGAGUGAGAGAGGAAAUAACAUUGGAUGAAGAUUGGACACCGCCACAAGAUCAGGACCCGAUAUGCGAGGGAACACCCGAUACGGGCACUGAUUCAUCGGUCAUGCAGCGCUCGUUGUGCCCCUGGCAGUGGAGAGUGAACUACGAUGAAGCGAGAGAGCCAAAAAUCAUCUCCGAAGCACAUUGUAUCUGCCGGAGGAGUCGAGGAGGAUCAGUUGCCUUUUGUCUGCCGAUCAAACGAGAGGUGCCCAUUUUGCGGCGAGCCGCUUGUGAUCCGGUGACGGGAAGAUGGGAAUAUGCUCGGGCAACGAUUCCGGUAACAGUUGGCUGUCAUUCUGUUCUUCCGCGAUCCGCCCGCGCCACUCCAUUGAGUCAACACUACAAAACACCGAUCGGGGCUAUU